AUGGACAUCCUCGACCGUAAACCCUACAACCAUGCCAUCCAUACCAGCCCCGCGAACGACCUCCGUCUAGUAAAAUCAGACAUCCCCGAAAUCCAACCCCAUGAGUGCCUCGUCCACGUCCGUGCCACUGGAAUCUGUGGCUCUGAUGUACACUUUUGGAAACAUGGCCACAUCGGAGAUAUGGUAGUAACAGGGGACAACGGCCUGGGCCAUGAAAGUGCCGGGGUAGUUCUUAAAGUCGGCAAGGAUGUAACUCGGUUCAAGCCCGGCGACAGAGUCGCUAUGGAAUGCGGUGUCCCCUGCUCCAAACCCACCUGUUACUUCUGCCGAACAGGCCAAUACAACGCCUGCCCGGAUGUAGUCUUCUUCUCCACGCCUCCUCACCACGGCACUCUCCGACGAUACCACGUCCACCCCGAGGCAUGGCUACACCAUAUUCCCGACAAUAUCUCCUUUGAAGAAGGUGCUCUCCUAGAGCCCUUAACCGUCGCUCUAGCAGGAAUCGACAGAUCCGGACUCCGCCUCGCCGAUCCCCUGGUGAUCUGCGGGGCAGGACCUAUCGGUCUCGUCACUCUACUCGCCGCCAACGCAGCGGGCGCAGAGCCCAUCGUGAUCACAGACUUGGACGAGGGUCGUCUUGCAAAGGCAAAGGAAAUAGUCCCGCGCGUUCGACCGGUGAAGGUCACAAGAGAAGACACUCCCAAGGCCUUGGCGGGCAGGAUUGUCGAGACUCUAGGCCAGGAGGCAAAAUUGGUCAUUGAAUGCACGGGCGUGGAGUCUAGUAUCCAUGCUGGAAUAUAUUCCACCCGUUUCGGCGGCUCCGUCUUCGUGAUCGGUGUCGGCAAGGAUUUCCAAACCAUCCCCUUCAUGCAUCUCUCCGCCAAAGAGAUUGAUCUCCGCUGGCAGUAUAGAUAUCACGAUAUCUACCCCAAGGCGAUUGGUCUCGUCGCUGCUGGAAUCAUUGAUUUGAAACCGUUGGUUUCGCAUCGAUUCGCGUUGGAGGAUGGGAUCAAGGCCUUCGAGACGGCGAGUAACCCUGCUUCUAAGGCUAUCAAAGUGCAGAUUUUGGAUGAUUAG